AUGCCUGCAGCCUCGAGCCCAUCUCGGCCCCGCCGCGCACCUCGAGUCCGGUACAUUAACGAUGAUAGCGCUUCCGACGAGGACUUCGAAUACCUCGGCGCAAAGACUCGCCCUACCCGCGCUGCUCGUCGAGUCCAGACAUAUCGAGAAUCGAGCGAUGACGACACUUCAGACUCAUCCGCUGUCGAGACGGACGUUAACCAGGGAUCGAGGCUUCCAACCCCCCAAUCCGAGACAACUGUACGGCCACAUCGUCCAAAGCGAAAACCGCCCGCAGUACCAUCGAAAAAGAGAGAGGUUCCAAACAAGAGGCAGAAGACCCAGCCAUCCCGCAGUGUGAGGAAGUCAACCGACGUUACCGCUGUUGUGUCGAAGCCAUCCACACAUGCGCGCAUACCACCGUGGCAGACAUUGCCGUACUUUGUCUUGGUAAACAUCAUGCAAUAUGCAGCCUACCCUCUUUAUGGCCCCAUGUCGAGGCAACAACCCUCAAUCAACUGGCUUUGCACGACGGGAAGUAUAUGCAGAUCUUUUCAUGAUGCUUGCAUGGCAACUCUGCUCUACAGUCCUCCUCUGUAUCCCCUGCAACAAGCCCGCGGCCUGAUGACGCUGCUUAAGCGGGACCAGGAUCAUCCCGGCACCCUUUCUACUUCCUUCCGGUCGAAGAUCCGAUACCUGGACAUCGAAGUCAAGCAUCUCUUAGCAAAAAAGGGUGGGAUUUCGUUAGACGAGUUAAUCUCACUUACCCCACAACUCCAAGGUAUACGCCUCUACUCGAACUACGACGACAUGACAACAGUUAGUUGGGCCCAGCCGGCGUCGAAAAAGGUGCGCUGGACUUAUCCGAUUGAUCUCAUCAGACGUUUGGAGAGUAACAACGUGGUCCUGAGGAGCUUUGACUGGAAUGGGAGGUUUCCGAACACAACAGAUGUCCUUAAGGAGGCCAUGGCUGCCCACUCCAGGCCGUCCUUCAAGCAUUUGCGCGAUCUGACUUUCCUCAAUCUUACUCUCCCCGAGAAGACGGAGAAAACUGAUAUCGCCUCUGCACGGAGCUUCCUGGCGGUAGCAUUGAAAAGUCUCUCGGCCUUGCGAUCCGUGUGUUUCCGAAACUGCGGAAUGAUAGAUGAAUUCACCAUGCCGAUGCUGCCGCCGGGGCUGCUCCACUUGGAGCUCACAAAUUGCUCUCAUCUGACCUCUGAAGUCCUCGAGGGAUACUUAUCCUCGGCAGGACAAGGAUUGCAGUCACUCAAACUCAACAAUAAUCAGUCCAUGGAUUUGGGCUUUAUGGCCAAUCUCAAGAGUCUGUGCCCAAGUUUGCAACGGCUGAAGAUCGACAUGGUGUACAUUGACCCGUCAUCAUGGCAUGAUCGGGACCCUCUUUUUGACGAGCUGUUACCCAACGGACCUCCGACGUGGCCGUCCCAACUCAUCACCAUCUCUAUCGAAAACAUGCGGCAAUUGACGGAAGCAGCUGCCGAAAAGUUCUUUGCGUCGCUAGUGGACGCGUCCGAGGAUUUGCCAUUCCUGAAGAAACUCAGCCUCAAAGUCAUUCUAAAGGAUGCCAGCUGGCGUGACCGGGCAAAAAUGAGACAGAAUUGGAUGCCCGUGUUUGAAAAUGUUUUUCUCAAUACAGACAAGCCGUCCAACAUUGUCACCAACACGUCAAGCUCCAAGAGGCCACCGACCGGGUCACAACGCCAAAGUACCCGGAUCGCAAACGGCCGUCUGAAGGAACUCAGCAUGAGUGAAAACAGCGACGAAAGUGAUGCUUCAACCCAGAAGACUGGGCAAGCCAGGUGUGACGUGGUUGAUUUGGUUAUUUCCGAUCAGCGUCCGGCUGAGACACAAUAUCGUGAAAAUGACUUUCUCGACAGCGAGCCAAGUGACGAUGAGGAGUACAGGGACUGA